GAGUGAGUGAGUGAGAGUGAGUCUGUCUAGAGUGUCUAGUUGUUUGGCGGUGGUCGACGUGGGUUUUUCGUUUUAAUAAUUAAUUUACUUUAGUAUAUUAAUAGUGUGCCACGCUGUUUUAUUUUAUGUAAAAUAUAGUCGUCAAUGUUUUGUGUAUAGGUCGCUGGUAACCUACGGCUACGUAUACUUACGUCUAUUUUUAGGUGAUCGACUGAUUAAGCUUUUAAGGAUUUGUUAACGUAGCAGGUGCAGAGCUUGAUUGAAAAUGGAUUUCAAAAUGCAUGAGUAUACCCAUGCCAUAGUCGGCAAAGUGACUCCAGCUCUUCGACUGACCGAUAAAGCUGACUUCAAUGACGCCCGGCGACAACACGAUUGCUACCUGAGAUUACUUAGAGAAUUGAAUGUUGAUGUGCUCGAGGUGGAUUUAGCAGGUACCUUUCCUACCAAUGUUGUCGUUGAAGAUAUUGGAAUAAUAAACCAUGGAAUUGCACUGCUGCCCAGGCAAUUAGACAGUGGAGAAGAAUACAAAAUGAAGAAAAUCAGAGAAAUAUUAAAAAGGGAGUUAGGACAGUCUAUAAUUGAAGUUGCUGAUCCAGAUGCUAAGAUUCUUGGUUCCGAUGUGCUUUUUACUGGGCGGGAGUUUUUUGUGGGAAUAUCGGAAACCAGCAAUGAAAUCGGGGCCAGUGCAGUUGCUGAGGCAUUUCCUGAAUUUCCAUGUACACCCAUUAAGGUUUCCAAAGGCGCACAGCAUUUAAAAAAGUAUAUAACAGUGGCCGGACCAGACAUCUUGUGUGUCGGGGCUAGCAAAGAGGCAAAAGAACUACUCAAGAGGAUUGAGCGGGAAGCAACAUUCUCUUAUCAAACCCUCACUGUCCCUGAAGAUGAUGCUGCCAAUUGCCUCUAUGUCAACGGAACUCUCAUACAUAGGGCCAUUGAGGAAAUACCGGACUCUUUCAAGGUGUUCUGCGAAAAAAUUGACUUCGCCAGAAGAUCAAUCUGUUUUUCUGAACUCGCCAAAAUAUCAACUGGUCUGAGUGGGUGUUGUUUGUUGGUAAGGAAACCUUAAGCAAUCGUCAUUUAUUUUAAAAAAAUAUUAAAAAAAACAACUAUUACCAGCUAAUGUGUUCAAGUAUAAAUCCAUUUGCAAAAAUCAUUAAAAAAUCUAUUUGUAAAACCUAUUCAAGAUAAUAAAUGUUAUACUACUGUAUCUUUAAGAAUUGUUGAAGAAUGAGAAACAUAAGGCGUAGGUGAGAAAACUGGAAACAAAUAGUAGGUACCUGUUACAUUCAUUGGUCUUUUUGGCAGCUAGGUUGUGCUGGGUGUGAGGGGCAGCACACCCUCGCUGUUAAAGUCUUUAUCGAAGAAAAUUCACACGGGGUAUUAACUCCAGAAUAUUAGUUUUGUGGGUUUUGAUUCUGGAUUCAAUACAGUUUAAAUAAAAACCCAAAUACAUACCACAUAACAAGUAAAACUAGUUUAUUGCAAAAGAGUCCUUUUUACGCAUAUUUGUGUAAGAAUCAGAAUUAAAUAAAUAGUGGAAAAUAAAAAUAAUGCUUCUUGUUAGUGCAAAAUACAUUGUUGAACUUGAACCAGAGAUGUCAUUCUCUGGUGUUUGUAACUUGAACACAAAAACAAAAGCUUUUUAAAUGGGUAUAAUGAAAAUUUGCCAUUGGUGCCGAUUCAAGCAAUCACCAACUUAAUUUCAACUUAAUUUGACAGGACUAAAACUAGCUCUAUCUCUGUCUUCCAUUUAUUGUAAGUGAAGGAUGGCACUAGUUUAAGAGCUGUCAAACUAGAAUUAGGUUUAUUUUGUGUCCACCCGAAUAAGCGCCAUUGUUAAAGUUCAAAUAUAGAAAAAAGGGCAGAAAGCUAAAACUUAUGUAGGUAUAAUAUGUGUUGUAAAUUCCAAAGUGUGAAUGUAUUAAAUCAAUUUAAUGUCAAACAUUAUUAUAUGGUCAUGCAGUUGAAAAGAAGAGCAGUUUGUCUCUUGGGAGACCACUACGAUAUGGAAUUCGGGAUAUAAACUAUAAACAAACAUCUGUCAUUGUCAAAGUGAUUUCCAUAAAAUGUUCACAAAUAUGUAAACAUUUUUAAAAGGAAUUCAUUAUCUAAUUAGGGACUUUUCAGACUAUGUUCCUCAAAAAUAAUAUACAUGGCCCUUAUACCUAUUUUCUCAUUACUCGGAUACAUAAUUAUUCAAAACUAUAAUGUAACGGCAGAAACAUAUAUAAAAUAAUUGUUGCAGGAUAUUUGGAUCAGAUUAUGCAUAUAAUUAUGUUGCUAGGUACUUUUAUUGCUUCUCUUUAUUGUGAUUAGAAUCAUAAUGGGUGCAGGAUGUAUUGUGCCUAGGUGUAAUAAAAAGGGUCAUCAUUUAUAUCCAAAAAAAAGAUAGCAUAUUAUUAUGUCUCUUAUCUAUGAAAUUAGAAGGUUAAACGAAGGACUUUUUAAAAACGCCAUCUUUUCUGGAAAUUCGUGGGAAUUUCCAAAAAAAAUAUAAAAAUUGGCCAUUUGUACUAAAAUAUAUAAUAUACAGUACAUAGUAUCCGUUCAUAAUCGCUUUUCAGAAGUGGAAUCCGAAUUUUGAGAUGUUCUUUCAUCUAGCUGAUGAAACGUAAAGUUUGAGUGUUGUCUAAAUUAAACAUUCUUAUUAUUAGACAUUACGAUUGGUCAUUUUUUUUUUUUACUUUACUUUUGUAUCGUUCCAACUUUCCUUUGGUAUGUAACCUGUAAAUAAUAAAUAUUAAUUAUCUUUAUUAUUUUUUACACAUAUCGUGAAAUGUACCUAUAGCAACGGUCGGGUUCGACAUUUGAAGGUAUAUUCAAACUUUUUUCUUUUCGCGUAUGUGGUAUGAUGUAGUAUGAUUUCGUUGUGACAGACAAGAAAAUGUCCAAUAAAUAUUUUUGUAUGUUUCCUAUUUGUAACUAAUACUUUCUUGUUUAUAAUUUUUAGAUUUAUACUUAGUAGUUAGUAUUUUUAAUGGCCCCACCACACCUGUUUAUAGUUUUAAUCUCGAAUUCCAUAUCGUAUUUUAGUUUAAAGUAUAUUAAACUGGAGAAUGUUGCAUACAUUUUGUGGUUUAAUUUCUUUAAUUACUAAAAUCUGCGGUUGUACGAUGUCGAUGCUAAACUUAUACAUAUAUUUAUAUUUAGUUUUCCUUUAUGGAAACUUUUAAGGCACAAUGCAUUUUAAAUACAUUUUACCUCAUAUAGGUAGUUAGUCUAUAUAACCCAUUCCUCAAGCUUCAAGACUGAUUUCUGUUAUGAAAUGUUUUACAUUUCAAGACAUACCUAGAUAUAUUUUCAUCUGAUUAGGUAUUGUUAUUCAAAGAGUCCGAUCAUUCCUACGUUUUGCCUCCUAAUAGUAUAAGAUCUCCAGCCUAUAUUCCAAUAUUUAGAACUUAUGUAUUUUAUUCUCUAACUGUAUUCCAUGUUAUAAUAAAAGUAACUGUAUUAUAUGUAUAACUAUUCAGUGCCCCUUUGACUGUUCAUGCUACGUAAAGCGUACGAAAUGUCGUACGGAGAAUAAUUCUUACUAUACGUUAAAAGCUAGAAGAAUACUUAUUCUUCCUACGACAUUGGUUACGCAUGACCGCAUAUGAAACUAAUGCUACGUAACCAAGAAUAAUUUAUUGUUUUACUAUGAUACUACCUCUACUUAUUUCUUUUGGUAUCUAAUGAAAUGAGUAACACAGACACAGGAAAGAGCGUUCUUUUCCAAUAUCUUACGACGUUUCCUUCUCAAAAGCAAAAAAAAAAUACAAAAUAUUACGAAACUGGUAUUUAAAAGUUUUCUUACGAAACUAUAAUAGUUUCGUAGUAAGAAUUAUUCUUCAUACAUGUUCGUACCAUACCGGUUACCUAACAAGAGUUUCGUACACGGCCGAAAGGUCAGUAUGUAUUGUGUGUAUCGGUGUAAUGAUUAAUUGGCCUGAAAGGCUGGUCUCCCACAGUAUUCGUUACGAUGUCACUUGCACCACGUACAAAUACGUACAGGUAGCCGUACGAGACCGUAUGAGUGUUAGUGACAUCGUAACGAAAACUUUGGAGGGAUGAUUCAGACUCUGAGUUGAUAUCAAGUGGAAUUUUCCGUCGCAAAAUUAUGGACCUGAAUAUUUUCAUGAAUUGGACAGGCAUUUCCACUUGAUAUACUCUCAGAAUGGUCGGAAUCAUCCCCCACAGAUUUCGUUACGGUGUCACUAACACACAUACGUUCUCGUACGGCUUUCUGUACGUAGUUGUACGGGGUGUUAGUGACAUCGUAACGAAUAAUGAGGGGGACCAGUUCAUUAUUCCGAGUUAAUUACAAGUGGAAAUUUCUAUCGCAAAAGUAAAGAAUUGAAUAUAAUUUAAAAACCAAAAAAUAUCGUGAAUUUUGCAACGGAAAAUUCCACUUGAUAUUACCUCAGAAACAUGAGCUGGUCCCCCUUAGUAUUCGUUACGAAGUCGCUACCACUCUGUAUAAACUAUUCCCAAAAAAUACUCUUUUAUAAUUGUGAUAUUUUUUUUUUGUACCUAUUCGGAAAGAAUUCUAAUUCAUUACCUUUUAAAACUGUUUGUAUGAUCCUGUUUCUGUAAACGUGUAAGUACCUAAUAAAAUUAGAGCAGGGGGGUUAAAAAGAAAGAAAUACUGCAAUUUGACAUUUGCGCAUCUAAAAGUAAGUGCGCAAUGCAAACAAAGGUCAAAUAGCAAUAUUGAUUUCUUAGAUGAAUUGCAACAAUGUGAUCUUUUUAGGUCUCUAGGUUUCCUCUGAAGCCUUUCAUUUAAGUAUUAUAAAAACACACGGUAAUGUUGCAAUUUGCUUUAUACUUAUCAAAAGAAUAUUUUGUUAUUUUUUGUACUAGAAGAACAAUCAAAGACAGUCAACUAGGUUUGUUAUGACACAUAAUUAUUAAAACACAACUUUUUAGCUUAAUGCUUUUAAAAAAGCUUUAGCUCUAUUUAAAGCAAGCCGUGUGCGUCAAGCUAGCGGCCUCAAAAAAAAAAAUGGGCACGAAAAAAUAAUUUGACCAUACCAAAAAAUAGUACUCUUAUUGAAAAAAAUAGUACCUGUUGUAAAAAAAUUAGUACCAUCACGGUUCUGGAUUUAUAGCCAUGUUUUAUUGCACUUGCUAGCUUGACGGUGAGCGAAAUUUGGCGAGAGUUAACGACAAGGUCUUUCGCUUUGAUUUAAACGCCAAAAAAUAGUAUCGAAAUAGUACUCACCCCCUGCAAAAUACCGAAAGUAGUACUUCAACGGUUCCAAAGUUAUAAAGGCAGUUCUUUGAUCCCGCUAGCUUGACGUUUUGAAAAUACCUAUUAUCUGGGGAACGCUUGCAUAUUUCAGUAUGUAACUAAUGUCAAUAAACUCGUAUGAAAUAGUACUCCCUACCAUCAUAAUUUUGAUCCGAUUCUCUUUGUAGAAAUGUUAAAAAAUCAUCAUAACCUAUGCCAUACAUUUGUUGUUGAUACAGUCACGUAGACAAUUACAUAACCUCACAAUUUAUUCGUAAGUAUUGCCAUUUUGGAGGUCUACCCUACCAUUUCUUUGCACUUCAGUGCUGCUAUUACAAAAAAUUCCUAUUGCAUACACCCAUAUGCACUAAUUUUAAUAGAAAAUGGCUGCAUGGGUCUAGUUCUUAUCGAAAACAAUCUGUGAUUUUAAUACAUCAUAAUACAUUUUUAAUCUGCUGUUUUAUUUUAUAAUUUAUACCUUCAUGUUGAAUUUGUUACGGAUCGAAGUGUUUGUUAAUAAACAAUUUGCAGUAUUUGUAGAAUAACUCAAAUAGUUUCAACAAUGAUAUUACUUUCAUCUAACAACCCUGGCACUUCACCAAUUUUUACCCAAAAAUGGGGAAAAAUACUGAAAUCUGACAACAUUCUUGACCAUGUGUAAUAAUUUUGUUCGCGACUGUACUCGUCUUGAUAAAUGUAUGACAUAGGUUAUAAUGACUUUUUGACAUAUUUCUACAAAGAGAAUCAGGUCCAAAUUAUGAUGGUAGGGAGUACUAUUUCAUACGAGUUUAUUGACAUUAGUUACAAACUGAAGUAUGCAAGCAUUCCCCAGAUAAUAGGUAUUUUCAAAACGUCAAGCUAGCGGGAUCAAAGAACUACCUUUAUAACUUUGGAACCGUUGAAGUACUACUUUCGGUAUUUUGCAGGGGGUGAGUACUAUUUCGAUACUAUUUUUUGGCGUUUAAAUCAAAGCGAAAGACCUUGUCGUUAACUCUCGCCAAAUUUCGCUCACCGUCAAGCUAGCAAGUGCAAUAAAACAUGGCUAUAAAUCCAGAACCGUGAUGGUACUAAUUUUUUUACAACAGGUACUAUUUUUUUCAGUAAGAUUUUUUGGUAUGGUCAAAUUAUUUUUUCGUGCCCAUUUUUUUUUUGAGGCCGCUAGCUUGACGCACACAGCAAGCCGGCGUUGGAAUUGCUCCUUGAAAGAGAUGACAUAUACAAAAAUACAAACAUCGCAUAAGUUGUUCUCGGUUAAUCAUGUUUAUAAUGUCAAGAUAAUACUAUCACUGCUUUUAGGGUUCCGUAGUAAAAAAGAAAUUAAAAUUUAUAGGUAGGUAUGUACACGACAAAUUCACAGCGUUUAAGUUGACAUCGUCAUAAAAUAUAAAAAUGUAUAUUGAUUUUGCCAACAGGGGCGUCAACGUAGUUUGUGAAACUAUUAUGUAUCACUCCACCCACGUUUUUAAUUCGCAGAGCCAAUCAGAACUAGUGUCGCCCCUCUACACGAAAAAAUGAUAUAAAAUCCUGAUGUUUUUCCGUAGGCAUCAUUGUAGUUUUUGGAGUCGGUCGAUUUGACAAAAGGCCAUCAAAUAAUCAUUUUACUCAUAGAUAAAUAAACCAGUUUAAACAAUUAUGCUCCGACUUGUAAGUAGGUAAUUAAAUUACCUAACUGCUUGGUUGAUUAAAAGAUCCUGACGAAUUUAGAAAAAGAUUGAGAAAGAGUCGGUUAAAAAGGCAGUUAAUUUAGAUUAAAAUUCCUAAUGAUUUUUAUUUAGAUAAACCAACAACAUAUUUCGUUUAAUUCUAUUAUUUUCUAUUGAAUUGCAUAAAACCUAAAAUUCAUGAAACAGUAUCCCACGAGGAAUAAACUGCUAGAUAUACCUAAUUUGAAUUUAUAGAUAUCAUUUACAUAACUCUUGGUCUGGGUUUCUUCUAAGUUUAGGUUCAGGUAAUGGCAUACCUAAUGUUGUAAAAACGCUAAUUUGUCCCUCGUAAAAACAAUCGUCUGGCACGCUAUAAUAAUUAGCCAGUCUCGAGAAUCUUUUAAUCGUACCGUAGCGUUUUAUAUCAAACUUCUAAGUACAAAAUAUACUCAAUGUUUACACAUUAUUGACCAUUCAAAUAAGUGCUUAUAUUACGUACGUAUGUACUCCAUUUUAGUGCGUAGAAUGUAGACAAUUAUAGUACAUAAUCCACCUAUUUUACAUUAAAAUUAGGGAGACUAUUUAUUGACGAGUAAAAAUGAUACUUGCAUGUUGAAUCCCAUAUUAUUUAUAUAAUACAAUAUCUUUUUGAUUAAUUUAUAUGUGAUGUGAAAGUAACUUAUUGAAGAUUGUUUAUGAUAUUAUACUGUUAAAUAUGACUUCGAUAUAUAAGUUUUGUCAUAAAAUCGUGGUAAUCAUAAUUUGUUGUCAUCUAUUUAGUGUUAGAAAUAAUUUAUUCAUUUUUAUAUGAUUUAUGCGUGUUCCAAUUUGUUAAUUAUUUGUGAAGCACAAAAUAGUACCUACUUUGUUCCGAACGUAUUUAUUAUGAAAAUAAGGCGUGUUAUAUUUUCCCUUACAGUAAUUUAUUGUAUGUAAAAUUGUUAAAGUUUCGUAUAAGUUAAAAGUGACUUUAAAAAGUCCGCCAACAGUUAGUGUAUGUGUUAUAGGUAACUGGUAACAACCAGAGGAAAUUAGAUUGGUACUGGAACGUUUAUGAAUUAGUUCUAGUUGUAACGGUGAGAUCACACUCAUCAAUGAUGAAUCUGGUUAGAAACUAUUACAUACGGUAGUAUGUAAAGUAUGUAGUGUAGUAUGUAAGGAGAAAAUAGUAGUAGAAAUGUUAAUUUCUACUACUAUUUUUCCUGAAAGACUUGGGUAAAUUAUACCCAGGUAAAGGCAGAUAGAAACACAGUUCAAAUGUAGGUACCUAAUCAAAAGAAAAAGUCUUAAACCUUUGCUCUGCAUAAACUCUAUCUUAAACAAUUUAUUAAUUUUAAGCAAUAAAUUAUGUAGGUUGGGUACUUAGCGCUUACAAUACGCUGGCAAAAAUUUGAUGUUCAGUGUCAAGGAAAAUAGUCAUAGCAGCUACAUAUUAUGCUGCGUUAUCACUACUUAUUAAUCUUCACACAAAGAGAGUGGACUGUUAUUUUUUUAAUUUAUCCACAAAAUAAUAUUCUAAAUAUGAUCAUGCAUCCAUCUACUUUCCUUUAGUUGUGAUUUGAAUUAUGAAUCUCAGUGAAACGAAAGCUUUUUUAAAUUAAUAUUACACUUAGUAGCUAAGGUUUAUUUACAUUUAUUAUUAUUAUACAUAUUUAUUUAAAAAGAAAGCACAAAUAUGCUAAAAGCUGAUGUGUUGUCACAUAUGAAUCUAUGCACCUGAUUAUUUAGUAGCAUUCCUUUAAUUGUUUAGUAUUCUUAGUAUUAUUGUAUUUGAAAUUUAUAUUAGGUAGAUAUUGCCAAUAAUUAGGUAUAUUUGAAUCUAUUGUAAUUUAUGGAUAUGACGGUGGUCUUUAAAGAAAGUACAAAUUCAUGUUCGUGAUCACGGCAGUACCUAAGUCACCUUUGAAAAUAUUGUAUUAAGGACUCCGACAUUAUCCAUAGUCUUGUACCUAGCAUGCGAAAUAAUGUCAUAAUAAUUCAUUACUAUAUUUUAUAUCCUCGUCAACAUUUGUAUGUGUAGCAAAUAAUAAAAGCAAUGUUAUA